GGGGGACGCGUUUGAAAAUUGUCGGAUACUCGACUCGCUCGUCUCAGCGUGGAGAGUGACACCGGACGAGCCGAUGUUUUUGCUGUGAGGGGGAAGUAGAGUUAGAGUUUUGGGGGAGGGGUUGGGGAGGCCCCACCACAGGCAUUGCCAUGGCCAAAGCUAGGGGGGUAAUUAAGGUUAGAGGAUGGGAUCGGAUGAUGGAUGUGUAAAGUUCCGUGGAUGUGACGAAUUGACGGGAUAGUAUAAGGAGUGGUGUGGCCGUUGAUGCAGGUUCCCUUUCUUCUUUCUUCUCUAUCCACGGUUGUUCAUUCAGCAGUGUCUUCCACUACCUCGUCUCCUCAUCUUCACUUCAACACUCCUUCAGCUGGUCUGUCGCUUUUACAUCUAUUCUUUUAGUAUCUUUUAAUUUUAUCGUCAUCUUCGAUACUCACAACUCCUUCGCUAUGCGUUACUCAAUCACCAUCUUGGCCUUGGCCGCCAGCGUCUUUGCUGCUCCAGUUGAAAAGAGACAAAGCAACUCCACCGAUGCGUCAUCCCAGGAUAUCAACAACCAGAACUUGAACGGGCAAGACUUGAACAAUGGUCAAAACCUGGACUCGAACAACCAGUUCAACGUGAACGGUCUGGACUUUUCCAAACUGAACGCCAACUCGCUCGAUCUCAACAGCUUCAACGUCCAAGAUAUCCUCAACGCCCUGAGCUUCCAGAUCCUCGAGCAAGAACUCCUCGGCAGCAAUAACGGCGUAAACAGCUUGAGUUCGUUCAAUCUUGGCAAUGUGAACAACCUCCAAUUCAACAACUUCGACCUGAACGGAUUCAACAGCCUCUUCGGCUCGAAUUUCAACGUUGAGAGCAUCUUCCAGAUUCUUGAGGGUCUCAGCCAAAGCAACAUCUUUAACCAGAACAACCUCCUCCUGAACAACAACCAAUUCGACUUGAAUGGAUUCGCGAACUCCUUCAAUAAUCAAUUCUCGUCCAACUGGCAAUCCAAUGAGAUCCUCGCCCUCAUCGAAUCCAUCUCAGGCCAACAGAACCUCCAGCAACUCCUAGACCUCGCCCAGCUAAGCCAGUCCAACGGUCGCAACAACGCCAAUAGCUUCGGCGGCAACAGCAUCGCGGUCGCUCAAAUCGAGGGCAUCUCCAUCUAAAUUGCUUGUUCUGUCAUGAGUUCACAGGCUUUUGGUUGGAAGGGUUAGAACGGCGGAUGCAAAAGACGAACUGGAUCUGUCUGGGUUGGUUUUUGCAUGGGUUUCUCAGAAGGUGGUUGACAUGUGAUGUAAAGCAGGGAUGAAGCUAAAGGGGGCAUGUGGAGGGUGGUAGUGGAGAUAAUUUCUAUUUGUCAAUAAUGAAAUCC